GAAAGCGGGAGGAAGACCGCCAUGUUGCUGGUGUCUCGCGUACCCCCAUCGAGGCAACGGCGCCAGAUAGUGCGCUUUUCGCAGUUCCGUACGCGUUCCUGACGCGCGCGUUCAUUCAUCGGUAUUCGCAGUGCUCCCGUGUAUCCCCCGCGACGAGAGUCGGUGCAUUCGAGACCUGGCUGCGGUGUGCGCGUCCCCGGUUUAGUGCCGCUGAUGCCCCGUGCGACCCGAACGGAAGAGAGUGACCCGGAAGGCGAGCGACCAACGGAAUCGUGCCCGCUAUAAUGCGUCUCGGAACGGCGGCCGCGCGUCGCCGUUGCCGCGAACGUCGAGAGGGUGAAAGCGCCGAGGCGGAGCGCGGAACAAACCACGCCGCUGCCGCGACGAUAAACCGACGCGACGUCGGCAUACGUGAAUGAGAAGAGGCGUCUUCGUGCGCCAGCGGAGGCGCUGCGAGCAUCGCUCUCUCUUUCUCUCUCUCGUUCGCAGUUUGCUGAUAUCGCCUGUACACGCUAGGAAAAGGCGCAAUGGCUGACGACCGAAAUAACCACCGGAGCUUCGUCAGGCAGUCGCACGUGGUAGGACAUUUGUCUCCCCCGCCGCCGGCACCUGGGCCGCCGGCUACUGGUCCUAGUAGUGUCUCCGGCCAGACGUCGUCCUCCAGAUACGUUCAGAAGGAGAACACUCCGCCCCGCGGCCCCCGAACUCUCUUGCUAAGGCGCGGUGAGAAUGGUUACGGAUUCACGCUGCGACAUUUCAUCGUCUAUCCGCCCGAGUCCUGCUGCAUGCUGCCAGGGCACGAGCGGACGAAGAUCGACGAGCCUAUGGACACGAUCUUCGUGAAGCAGGUGCGGGCGAAUUCACCGGCGGCCGAGGCGGGAUUGCGCACCGGCGAUCGCGUCGUUUCCGUCGACGGAACGCCCACCCGUGGGGAGCAGUACGCCAGCGUGGUGCAACGCAUUCAGCAAGCGGGACCGUGGCUGCGACUUCUCGUAGUCUCCAAGGAGGACGAUAUCUUACAAAGGUACUUUGGCGAAACGGCGCACAAUCCGGAAACGAACCAACGGCCGCGGCUGCGCUCCCCGGAAAGAUUGUCACAGAAGCAACGCAGAUCGAUCAGCAUGAUCCCAGGCCCGUCACAGAGAACACGGCAGUCCUGGGUCUGUUCUCUGCCGUCGUCCGACAGUCCGGCGUCCGAUCCGUCAUCGUCGUCGUCUUCGUCGUCGCACCAGCCGAAUCACCACGAGGAGGCGAGCCGCAGGGGCCAGCAGCAGCAAGCGUACGCCGACAGCAACAGCCGAAUGGCGCCAUCGUUGUCGACGGACUCGCCGUACCGUCGCGCUCAGCCUCUCGCGGAGCAGCAGCAACAGAUCGCGAGCGCGCUUUACGAUCCGUCGGAGGACAUGGUUCCGCCGGGAGGCAGGAAUCCGCACGACACGGCCGACGUGACGUCGAGCUCGCAGAUUUACGGUCGCUCCAGCCAGGACUCGAGAUACGAUCUGUACGACAGAACACGUCCCGAAUCGGUGUACUCGCGGCCGAGCAACGAACAGAUCUACGACCGGAUCAACGACCCGAUCUACGAGCGCGUGCGCGUCGCCAACGACCAGCACCACCACCACCACCACCCAUUGCAGCAGCUCCAUCACUACCAGCCCUCGUCUUUGCUGCGUUACCCAGUGUCGCACGCGGAGCCGCAGGUGCCGAUCUACCGGCCGGUGAAGAGGAUGGUGGCGCGUCGCGCCAGCGAAGGCAGCGGCAGCUGUAGCAGCGUCAGCGGGGUGAAGCCCGAUUCCGAGACUGCCAGCUACGGCAGCUUCGACGCGUUGAGAUCGAGCGAGCCUGACUCGAGCAGGUUGAGCAUGGAGUCGAGACGGGACUCGUCGCCCGUCAGCAAGGACAGCGUGUCGCCGUACGACUCGAACUCGACCCUCACCGGCAACGAGUGCUCCGACGACUCGGUCAUCAUGAGCCGUCUCCGCAAGAGUUUCGAGCAGAAAGCGGAGUUCCUGCGACGGCCAAGUCACCCUAUCGGUUGGUUCGUGUCGGAAAGCGACGCGAUGCCCGAGCCGACGUCGCUGCCGCGCCCUCAAGCGAGCGUCGGCCUCAACCAAGCUGUGAUCCAGAGGGAGUUCUACGCGAGACCGCAGAAGCUGCAGAGACCGGUCUGGCCGCCCGGCAAUGAGCAGCAGCAGCGGCAACAGUCUCCCACGAGAAGACAGCCGUCCCUGGACGGGAGGAGCAAGCCGUCGAAUCAGAGCGUGCAGAGGAUAAAGGACGUGGAUUCGGACUCCGAGUACGCCAAGUCGCGAAGUGAUCAGCAGCAAUUCGUCGACGACAAUCAGCCCGGGGAUCACUGUUAUUCGCUCCUCUACGACGACGAACUCGCGAAGGAGGCUUACCUCGCUCACGGUGGCUCCGGGAAAGCAGCGGAGCAGCAGUAUCGCGCGACGAGCAAAGCUAAUUUCAUCAACACCCUAACGAGGAUACACGAGAACGUCACGAAUCAGUUGCAAGAUGCGAGGAACGGCACCGCGUCGUUGCCGUCUUCGCCGGGGCCGGACAAGAAGCCCGGAGACACCAAGUUUCCAGUACCGCCGCAGGGCCUGCAGAUCGUCUCGAGACGAGCCAAACAGUUCGAGUCCGGCCGUCUGCUAAGCGACGAGGACGAGCCUGCUAACGAUCGGACGAGCCUUUACAAGAGCGAGCUGUCCAGACUGUCGAACACGAGGAACGUGCCGAACGUGGCCGUGCGGAAGAGGGAGUUCGAGUCGAAGGCUGAGAGUCAGGAACCCAGAAGACUGCCAACGAGGGAAACCAAGUCCCUCGACACCGGUGCAGUAUCGAAAGGCAACAGAAUAAUUCCUAUAGGCAGCAAGCAUAUCCAUUGCGAGCCGCCGGCCGACUAUAAAGAGAGUAAAGCAGAGGUGCCCAUCAUGGAGACGGAGUCGGUGCGUUUGAGGACGCGGAGCAACAGCGUGGAAUCCUGGGAAGCGACGAACGGUUCAGCACGGGCAAGCGCCAGGCACACGUGGCAGACCGCCGAGGAGGACUUUGCUGAGAGACGAAGCAGCGCCGAGGACAACAGCAAGCCGCGAAAGCAGGAUAAUUACCUGACGGGACCGUCGGCGAAGAUGCAAGUCGCACCGGUUAAUGGUUCCUCGCCCAACGGCUCGACCAAGAACGGCGUCGUGCUCAGGCGACAGAAGAAUGCACAGAUCAGUGACGAAGACCGAGCUACUAGGCGGGUUUCGUAUCUAAAGGCGACAUGGGGCGAACGGAUGCACGUCGACAGCGAUCUCGAGCUCAGCGACACCGAACCAGUUCAUAUUCACAGGAGUGCGCAUAGACGAUGGCGGCCACCGUUAUUUCCAAGCGACAUAACGCCUCUGAGACGCAUCUUCGAGGACAUGACACAGGCCGCGUCCUUACAUCGAAACUUUCAUCAUCGUAAUAGCAUCUCUGUUACGCAUGAUACGUCGAACAGCUGCGAUGGCACUGCGAAGGAUGUUGAACCGGUGGAACAGGAGGGACCCCUUCAUGUUAAAUUCACAGUGCUCGAUGGCAAGCGAUCUACCGAUCGUUCCUGGAAGCAGGUCUGGGGUGUCCUACGUGGUCCUAUAAUAUAUUUCUACAAGGAUCGUCUCAGUCAGAGUCCUUCGUUGAGCACCGAGAACGAAGCGAGUGCGGGGCAAACUGUCGACGUCAGGUGUUCCGUGGUCGACGUCGCCGAGGAUUAUACGAAGCGGAAGCACGUGCUGCGAAUAGCUAAUCCCACGGUGGAGGUGCUUCUGCAAACGGAGGAUGCGGCGUCUAUGGCACUCUGGUUAAGGUCACUUCAUUCUCAGGCCGCUGCGGAAAGAUCAUCGGACGUCGCGUCCUGCACGUCGAAGCAGCAAGCCGUUCCGCAGACCCCGACAGGUCCGGCAACUAACAACGCCGUUCUUCCCGGCAAUAACCAAAGAUUGAGCCCUCUGCCGAGCCACAAGAGCAUCAAGAAGCUAACGUCAUUCAGAAAUCGAUCGCCGACCGGUCAGUCGCCGGUGAACAAGACGCGCAAACCGAGUCAAACGGUGGAGCCUUUACCGUCACCCAAGUCAAAGACUUGGAAGGGAAGAAUGGCGAAGCAAUUCAGGAAGAUGCACGGUCAGACUGGCGCACCUUCCUCGCCCACGGCGCAACUACCACCCGAAGGAGCCACUUUUAAAGUGCCACUCGAGCUUUGUCCACGUGCUCCAGACUCCGACGUGCCGAUGAUCGUCGAGAUAUGCACGAGGAUCGUCGAGGCGAGAGGUCUCGAGGUUGUGGGGAUCUACCGGGUGCCCGGAAACACUGCAGCGAUCUCCCAACUUACGGACAGCGUUAAUGGCGGAUUCAAUAAUGUGAACUUUCAGGAUCCACGAUGGAGCGAUGUCAACGUGAUCUCGUCGUUGCUGAAAUCGUUCUUCCGUCAACUGCCCGAUUCCUUAUUCACCGCGGAACUGUAUCCCAUGUUCAUCGAUGCCGAUAAGAUAGAAGAUCCGCAGAGAAGGAUGACCACGAUACGGAAACUGCUGAGGGACCUUCCGGAGCAUCACUUCGAGACGCUGAAGCACCUGAUGCUGCAUCUGAAGAAGAUAGUGGAGCACAGCGAGACCAACAAGAUGGAGGCUAAGAAUUUGGCGAUCGUUUUCGGACCGACGCUGGUGCGGGCGAGCGGCUCCAGAGACAAUAUGGUUACCAUGGUCAACGAUAUGUCCCAUCAGUGCAAGAUAGUCGAGAAUCUACUAAACAAUGUUGAUUGGUUCUUCUCGGAGGACGACUUGGACGACUUGAGCAGGUUGAGCGUGAACUUAAGCCUGCCAGCUUAUAGCUGUGAAGCCGAACCGACAUCUAACACCAACCAUAAUCUUUUGUUAAAUAACAUUCAGAAGAUCGAAGGCAUGCGCGACAUGGCGUCGGCUAGGGACAUUGUAUCUUCAAUCAUAUCCGCAGCUAACAAAAAGAUACAAAGAAGACGAAAAACACAAGACGAAAUCGACAACGGCGAACACGAGAACGAUAAGACGAAAGCGAAGCAGGAAUCGGAGAAUUCGCCGACGAUUCGGCAGAGCAUGGCCCUGAACGAACGACAGUGCUCCGUCAGCGAGAUCGUGCUGAUGCACGAGAGCAAGAACCAGUCGAAUCACCCUAUGGACCGUCCCGAUCGAUCAUUGUCGGUCGACGCCGCUAACGGCGGUGCGUCGAACGGAGCGUCGCCAAAUCGCUCCAAGUACGCGGCUCAAUCGACACACUCGUCGUCCGUGGACUCGCCGAGACUGUCGAGCGAGACCGGUCUGAGCUCGGCGGAGACGAGCUCAACCGUGUCCAGCUCGUCUAAUCAGACCAAGCAGGACAACGACGAGAUCGCGAUCAGGACGUACGCCGGCCUGAGCGCGACCACGCAGGAGAGGAUACGGAGAUUCGAGCAAGAGACGCGUGCGAUGCUGCAGCGGGAUCAGCAUCGGCAGAAACGCGAGGCCGAGAAGAGGGAGGAGGAAAAACGCAGGAUCGAGAUGGAGUGGCAAUUGGCGAAACGCGAGAUGGAGAACGACGACCUGCUCGACAGCAUAGUCGACACCACGGUGGCGCCGAAUCUCUUGUCGGAACGCUUAUCCGGACUGAACGAGCGGCCCGCCCGAGACUCCAGGUCGCGAUCGACCACGAGAUCACCGCUAUCCAUAGCCGUGCAGCAACAACCUACGAUCAAGACGCAGGCCACCAGUCAGUUGACCAACGUAUUGGGCGAGAAGAUGAAUAAUGGCAUUAUUAAGAAAUUCAAAACUGACAAGGAUCCGUCGAUGGAGUCGAUCUGCCUACCGCCAGUUCGAUACGGAAGUCUGGACUCUCUGCACGAAGUGCACAAUCUGUCGCAGUCCUCUCCGUCACCGUCGCAACAGCAGCGAGGUAUUCCAGGCGACGUCUCGGAUGAUGGUCCCGGUAGCGCCGCCCCGAAAACACCGGCCCAGUCGCCAAUAUCAGUGCCAGUCGCAGUCCCAAUGCCAAUGUCCAUGCCCGUGUCAAUGUCAGCAACAGCAGCACCAACAACAGCAGCAAUCGUCGUCGAGCCUUCUCGGCAAUCGCUGGUUGCUGUCGCGUCUCCAUCAGCUGCCCUCUCACCAUCGCCGACAGGAGACGCACGAACACCAUCAUCAACAGCGAACAGCAACGAGCCCGCCGGCGAGCCAGACCUCACAAAGCUGUUGCCAGGCUCAGGGCCUGCCGCUGGGCCCGCCGUCAAGACUUUAAACCGAUUCCUCCGAGGUAGCGACCUUUUGACCAGCCUCACGACCACGUUCGAUCGCAAGUGGAGAUCUCUCGUGAAUCAGUCAUCGAAUCAGGCGCAGCCUCCCCUGGAAGCCUCGUCCUACAACAAGGAUAGCACGGACGACACGGAGCAGCAGGAGCAGAAGGCGAGCGCGUCCCCGAAAUUCAAGUAUCCGUCUACGGAAGCUUAUCGCGAUCCCAGUCUUCACAAAUCGAUCGACAAGAGCCAUCUCUCUCGCUUAAAGGACGACGCUCCCGAGAAGGACACCGACUCAACGGUGACCGACACGCAGCAUCCCUCGGUAGCUGCGACGCCGAACAACGAUCGUAGCGCGAACGACAAGCAGAAAUCGGAGACGAAGACCGCGGACAAGCCCACGGAGAAGACCGCGUCGAUCACGAGCGAGAAGGACGGAGACCCGGACGUAGGAGACUGCACGCGCGCGGGGAACCCGAAGCGUUACGAAUUGCCGAGCGCGGCGAGCCUCCAAGAGGGCAAGCCGACGUCACCCAACGCGUGCACGGAAGAGACGGACGUCGACACGAAGCUGGAGGACAGUAAGAGCCAUCAUUACGAGUCCGGCGAUUCCAGUUACACGAACAAGCUGAAAAAAUUUGAGAGCCUGACGAACUUCGAGGCGAGAUCGCGGCUCAAGCGCUCGGAAUCGCUGAAUAAGAGGUCAGAGAGCACCGCCUCGAGACUGAAGAGAUCGGAGAGUCUGAACAAACACUCGACCGAGAGGCUGUCGUCGCCGACGAACGGCAAGCUCAAGCGGUCCGAGAGUCUGAACAAGCACUCGGACGGCCGGUCCGAGUCGCCGGGCAGCAAACUGAAGCGCUCGGAGUCGCUGACGAAAACGGAGAAGACCGAGUGCAACAUCAGCAAGAGGCGGCAAUCGGUGCGCAAGGAAAGCGCCACCAAACUGAAGCGCAAGAACGGCAUGCCGGAACGCUCGAUCAAACGCAGGCACACGGUCGGCGGCACCAAAGACUUCGACAAGGUGCACUGGCUGGACAAUAAGCUGCAGUCCGAGACCGAGAGAAUCAUUCGGAGCGAUUACCGGCCGAAGAAGAGCCAGUUGCGGACAAGUUCGCCCGACCUCAGCACCAACCGCGUCGGCAUGACUGACACGAGCUUCCUCAUCGAAGUGAGCUUUCGCGGGCCCAGUAACGUCGUAUUCAACGUGACCAACACGCGGCCGCAAUCCCUACCGGACGCGAGUCUCGCGUCCAAGGUCUUCAAGGUACCUCUCGAGAGUCACGUGUAACAAUCGCGCUCGCAGAUAAUCCGCCCCCUCCGUCACUUUCGAAUGAUACGCAUCCGCAGUGCUGUUAUAUUGCUGCCGUCAUAUUUUAAUGUUCAUCGCAAACCGAGCCACACAUAUCAUAUAUAUAUAUAUAUAUAUAUAUAUAUAUAUAUGUAUGUAUGUAUAUGUAUAUGUAUCUCUUUCGUAUUAUAUUAUCAACGCAGAAAAGUCACAGUUCGAAAUGCCGAGACCAUCUCUCUGUUCACCAAUCGUCACUCGCAAACGUGCCAAAGAGCCCAUUAUCGAUCAACAUGAACAAUUGUUAUCGUUCAGGCGAUAACGCCAACUAUUCGCUACAAACUGCUGAUUUGAUGAAUCUUAAGGGAAGAUGGAUAUAUAUAUAUAUAUAUAUAUAUAUAUAUUAUCUGUCGCCACGGUCUCGUGUGCGGUUUAAUACUUUAAUCGACUUUAGAUUAAUCCACAAUCGUACAAUCACAAGGCAAGAGCGCGUGAGACGAGAUCGUUGCGAUGGAAGUUGUUCUGAAAUGAAACAAUUGUUAGAAAGCGGCGUUAAGCCCGUGUCAGAUUACAGAUCAGGAUUGGAUUGAAAUUGGAUUGAUCGAUCACAGAGCAAAGUUCACUAACUUGAGUUUAAUGAACUUUACUCUGAUUGAUCAAAUUUCAAUCCGGUGUCAAUCCUAAUCCGUAGUCUGAUAUGGGCUUGAGGCUCUCCGUUCCUCACUCUUCUUUGAAGAGAGAGAGAGAGGGAGAGAGAGAGAGAGAGAGAGAGAGAGGGAGAGAGAGAGAGAGAGAGAGAGAGA